AUGUCUCCCCAAGAAAUCGCCCUGGGAAAACUCAUGGCCCAGCCCCCCUGUGAAUUGGAGGCCCCGGGAAGUCCUCCUCCCGUGCAGGCUUCAAUAGCACAGAUCACUCUAUUUUUCUUUUUCUUUUUUCUUUUACAGUUCAUUGCUUUCGCUUCUUUAUUCUUUAUUCUGGUUUCAAUCACAACCUUUUGCCUGGAGACCCAUGAGGCUUUUAAUACCAUUAUAAACAAGACAGAACCGGUCAUCAAUGGCACAAAAGUUGUCCUGCAGUAUGAAAUUGAAACCGAUCCUGCUCUGACGUAUGUAGAGGGCGUAUGUGUGGUAUGGUUUACAUUUGAAUUUUUAGUUCGUAUUGUUUUUUCCCCAAAUAAACUGGAAUUCAUCAAAAAUCUCUUGAAUAUCAUUGACUUUGUGGCUAUCCUACCCUUCUAUCUGGAAGUAGGACUAAGUGGGCUCUCAUCCAAAGCUGCUAAAGAUGUCCUUGGCUUCCUCAGGGUGGUAAGAUUUGUCAGGAUUCUAAGAAUCUUUAAGCUCACCCGCCAUUUUGUAGGGCUGAGAGUCCUUGGGCAUACUCUUCGAGCAAGCUCUAAUGAAUUCUUGCUGCUAAUAAUCUUCCUAGCCCUAGGAGUUUUGAUAUUUGCCACCAUGAUCUACUAUGCUGAGAGAGUAGGGGCUAAGUCUAAUGACCCUUCAGCUAGUGAGCAUACACAGUUUAAAAAUAUCCCCGUUGGGUUUUGGUGGGCUGUGGUGACCAUGACCACUCUGGGUUAUGGGGAUAUGUACCCACAAACCUGGUCAGGGAUGUUAGUGGGGGCCCUGUGUGCUCUGGCUGGGGUACUAACCAUAGCCAUGCCCGUGCCUGUCAUUGUCAACAAUUUUGGAAUGUACUAUUCUUUGGCAAUGGCAAAGCAGAAACUUCCAAGGAAGAGAAAGAAGCAUAUCCCUCCAGCUCCUCAGGCAAACUCUCCUACCUUUUGCAAGAUGGACUUGAAUUUGGCCUGCAAUAGAACACAGGGAGAUCCAUACCUAGGCAAAGACAAUCUAUUGCUGCACCAUAACCAAUCAGUGUUAUCAGGUGAAGACAGUGCAGGAAGUGAGCAGCCAUUGUCACCUUCUGAAAGGCUACCAAUGAGACGCUCUAGUACAAGAGACAAAAACAGAACAGAGGGACCCUGUUUCCUACUGACCACAGGUGAUAACACAUGUGCCACGGAUGGAGGAAUCAAGAAAGAUAACUACAAAGAGGUUGUCAUUACUGGUUACAAGCAAGCAGAGGCCAGAUCUCUAACGUAAUGACUUGAGGAAGGCACAAAACAUGAAAGAAAGGUAAAUACCAGCCAGGCUUGCACUCUCCUUCCUUUCCUUCCCCUUCCCUCCUCUCCUUUUCCCUU